CGGGGCCGGCCACGGGCUCGGGAGCGGGGCCGGGAUGGUGCUGGAGGCGCUGCGGCCGCGGGCCGUGCGCUGGGCGCUGCUGGCCGCCUUCGCUGCCGGAGUGGUGGUGGGCUGGCAGGCGGGCCGGGCACGCCGCCGCUUCCUGCGCUGGCGGCAGCGAUACCUCCAGCGCCGCCUCGCCGCCGCACAGGAGCAGCUGGAAGCGGCCUGAGCGCCGGGAGCCGCAGCCGGGCUGCCCCUGGCCCUGGCAGCGGGCUGCGAGCGGCUCCCCGGCGGCCUCGGUGGGCGCUGCCUCAGCCGCUGGAAAGCGGUGAAGCGCUGCUGGGGAAGGACAGCAUCCGUGGAAUAGCACGACUUCUGGGGAAGGACGGCAUCCCUGGAAUUGCAAUGCUGCUGGAGAGGACGGCAUCCCUGGAAUUGCAAUGCUGCUAGAGAGGACGGCAUCCCUGGAAUAGCAGUGCUGCUGGAGAGGACGGCAUCCGUGGAAUAGCAGGACUUCUGCCCUUCACAAAGCAAGAUCCCAAACUGUGUCAGGCUAACCUAACAAAGAACUGAGGAUAUGCAAGCAACGAUACCAAACCUGGAAUGGACUGCUCUGGGAGCUUUGGAGUCCCCAUCCCUGGAGGUGUUCAAGGAACAAGUGGACGUGGCACUCAGUGCUCUGGGCUGGGUGACAAGGUGGGGACAUUGCACUCGAUGAUCUUGUCCAACCUCAGUAAUUCGGUGAUGUCCAUAUUCCAAAGGGUUGUCUGCACUUGUCCGGCUCUAAGCCUGCUACUCUGCCCUUGCCAGGAAGCGCUGGCGACACAAUAAACUAGCAAAAGUCAUCA